GCAAGAUGGCGGCACUGUAGGAUUUGCCGUAGAGGAGACCCGGACGGCUCGCUGGAAUUCUGCAAAGUGGAGGGACUGAAAAACAGGAGAGACGGAGGACAGCCCUGUGGAUGGACCCAGUGCUGGCCAGAUGGAAACAGAGAAGGCCAGUCAUGAGGCACAAGACAGACUGACAUCAGUGUCACCCAAAACUUUUCACCGGUCUGAACACCAAGUUGCCAAGCUGCAGAACGGAAACCAGCUUUCUGGAGGGUUCCCUAAGCAAGUCAAUGGAGAUGCCACCUGGAAUCAUUUUAAAUGUUACACAGGAGAAGGUCAGAUGAAGAGGUGUCGUGAAACCUGCUCUGUCUCCCCUGGUAUGCAGGAAAUGCUUGAUCAAAGCCCAUACUUGACCAACGGAGAAGCAAACCAUGCCUUCCCUGAGCCGUCAUUGUUGGAAAUUUGUCGCUCAAAAAAACUCAAGGUUGAUGCAAACAUAAAUGGAAAGGAAGAUGAUGUCAUGGAUAAAACAGAACCUGUGUGUGUUGAAAGCGAGCUGGGCUGUUUCUCCCACUUUUCCAAGAAGGCAGAAUUUGACUGUGAUGUUCUGGUAGAGCAGAAACAGGUUAAGGAGAGCUGCAUCUCGACAGACAAUGGCAUUUUUUCAUUUCUGAGGAACAAGCCAAUGACAGUUCCCAAUGGUGCUACACUUACUUCCCCAUGCAUGAAAGGCCCACAUGGUGACCUGAUUACAAAACCACUGUGUCAGUAUUACUCAGACCACGUCACUCAUUUGCCUCAUGAUCCGACACCUCAAGAAAAUGCAACCAAGCACCUAAGUGAAGAGAGCGUGCCACAACAGGCAAUGCAUUCUCCAUCCCUUACCUCAGGUUUGCCAAUUUUACCUAAGAUCUCUACAUCUGGACAACUGGAGGAAGUUUCUCUGGAUUUGGGCAACAAUGGCAGGUAUAACAUAACACUGGCGAUGGAUCCACAGCAGUCACAGAAGCGGGAUGGGCCUCUUCAGGAAGUCCCAGAAGCAACAGCAACAGAGUCUCUUUCUGAGGUUAAGGCUGGGCUGGUUUGUGGAACUGACAUGUCUGUGUCACAGAGUCAAAACAGUACAGGAAGGCUGCUUAACCAGCUGCAUCCCUCAAAUAUAUAUCUGAAUUCUGGCCAUGAAAUUAAAGAAUCCCUCCCCAGAUGUCCAUCUAACAUCGAGGAGACAAAGAGUUCAAGCCCCUCCACCGAUCAAUCUAUGCUGAAGGUAAUGGAGGGCAAGGUGCUGGAUGCUGAGCAGAAUCCACUGGGCUUUAAUCGUGGCAUUCUCUUGCAGAAAUGUCAACAGCAGAUGGAAUAUGGAACACCGCAGCAGACUGAAAGCCAGAGACAGCACGAAAGCCAUAGCCUGCAAGGCUUUGCUAGCUCUGAUAGGCUAAGCUAUCAGUCCACACCCGGGGAACUGAUAGAAGAUGUACAGAACUCAUCCUGUGAUCCAGGACCUCAAGCUUGCUAUGUUGAAAACCGGGCACAGCAAGAUAGAACUGACAGUGACACUUCUUUUAAAGGAGAAGAGGCUAGUGGAAUACCCAAAGUGCUCAAGGCCUACCACAGGAAAGAUUUGAUUGAUCUCAACUCCUUUCCACUUCCCAAGUCAUGGAAGACCUUUGGUUCUCAGCCACAGCCAGGGCAGCAGGAUGAGAGUCUGGGUUCAGUGGGAAACUCUGGCCCCAUGCAAAGCUUGCGAACACAGGAUUUCAAACAAACCAUCUUUUGCCAGCAGGACAAGCACAUGCCUAACAUUUAUAAACCAACACAUGAUGAAAUCAGUCCAUGUAUGGAAAGAGAUUCUAAAACACAGCCAAACCAAAUAAAUCCUUUAUCCUCACAGUGCAGACAGCAACAUGACAGUGAGAAUCAGGAUCACAGCCAAGUGAAGCAAGAGCACUUAUGGGGGAGCACCCACAAAGACAGAGAACAGAUUCUUACUUCUGGAUUUUCAGACCAUCAUCACUCUCUAGAAGAUCAGACAGGGAGCACAAUUCAGGAGGUGCUUUCCCGAGAUGCUCUGGGUAUAAGAACAUCUCAGUCUCUCUCUCAGAGGUCCAUAGAUGGAAAGCUAUUGGACAGCAUGAAUCUGGAGGUGUAUUAUGGACAAGAAAAACACCCAAAAAUUUCAGAUUAUAAAUCCCAAGACCAGAAAAUGCAACACCAAGCAGGACUAACCCCUUCUGUGGCAAGUAAUGUAGGGUUUUUCAAUUCUCCCCUACAAAAUACACAAACUCAGCAUGGCAUGACAAUGGGAUAUGACACUGCAAAUGGUACAGAAUUUCACAACAGUCUCAAAUUUGACCAAACAUCAGAAUUCAAUCACCAGCAAAAAUAUUAUCCGAGCCCAAAAGCCAAAAAGCAAUGCUUACAAUCCGAACCAUCCCAACUGCUGUCAAACCACAAGGAUAUUCGACAACUGCCCCCAACGCCAACACUAAUGGGAGAACAUCCACAGCUCCCACAAGGUGCAUCAAAGCUGCAGGAUCCAGGAUGUAUGAUUCCUCAGACUGGCAUUAAAACAGAGCAGAAGGAGCCCUGCUCACAGCUCCAAGGGCAGCUGGGAGAAUACCAGAAGCAUGCUGCUCUACGCAUGCACUUGUUGCAGAAGCAACAGCACCCACAAAAUCUUGAUGACUUCAAACACCUACUGCAAGCCAUCAAGACUGAAAAUGGCCCCAAGCUUGAAGCCCUUGUCCCACAGCAUGGACAAGAGGUGGCUCAUCCUCGCCUUGGGACACUGGUCAAGCAAGAGCAAUCGCAGGUAGCCUGUGACCAGUUAGGGCAGAAAAGCAUCAUCGCCACAAUGGAGCAUCAGCUAAGUCAGUACCAGCUUCCCUCCAGCUUGCUUCAAGACAAGUCACUGGCCAUGAAGUCGGUGAACAAAGUUAAGCUUGAAACCUCAGGUCCUGUGACCAUACUCUCAAUGCAUGCAAACCUUGAAUGCCGGCAGCUUGGGGGUGUAGAACAAAAAAAGCUCCCCUCAGAUCUCAUCAACACAAAGAAGUUGGCACCAAACCUCAGCAGCUUCCUUGAGUCUCCAAUAAAGCUGCUGGACACUCCUAUCAAAAAUCUGCUGGAAACCCCCAUGAAAACUCAGUAUGAGAUCCCCUCAUGCCACUGCGUUGAGCAAAUCAGUGAAAGAGAUGAGGGCCCCUAUUAUACUCACCUGGGAGCAGCACCGAAUGUAGCAGGCAUCCGGGAACUCAUGGAGAAGAGGUUUGGCCAGGCUGGCAGUUCCAUCCGAAUUGAGAAGGUUGUGUACACAGGGAAGGAAGGAAAGAGCACACAGGGCUGCCCUAUUGCAAAAUGGGUGAUCCGGCGAGCCAGUGUGGAGGAGAAGCUGCUGGUAUUAGUAAGGGAGCGGGCAGGGCACACAUGCUCCACAGCUGCCAUGGUGGUGGCCAUCCUCAUCUGGGAGGGCAUCCCCACCAGCCUGGCUGACCAGCUGUACACAGAGCUCAGUGACACUUUGACCAGACACGGGGCCCUUACAAACCGCAGAUGUGCUCUCAAUGAAGAGAGAACAUGUGCUUGCCAAGGGCUGGACCCCGAGAGGUGUGGUGCUUCUUUCUCCUUUGGCUGCUCCUGGAGCAUGUAUUACAACGGGUGCAAGUUUGCAAGGAGUAAAUUUCCCAGGAAAUUCAAGCUUCUUGGAGAUGACCCCAAAGAGGAAGAAAAAAUCGAGCAACAUCUCCAGAAUCUAGCUACGUUACUGGCUCCUAAAUACAAACAAAUGGCGCCCGAUGCUUACAGCAACCAGAUAGAACAUGAAAACAGAGCACUGAGCUGCCGUCUGGGGUUGAAAGAAGGGAGACCAUUCUCUGGAGUGACCGCCUGCUUGGACUUCUGUGCCCAUGCCCAUCGAGACCUCCAUAACAUGCAGGGGGGCAGCACCGUGGUGUGCACUCUGACCAGGGAGGACAAUCGAGAGAUCGGGAAGAUCCCUGAGGAUGAACAGCUCCAUGUGCUGCCGCUAUAUAAGAUUUCCCAGACAGAUGAGUUUGGCAAAGUGGAGGGGCAGGAAUCGAAGGUGAAGUCAGGUGCCAUCCAGGUGUUGAGCGUCUUUCGGCGGCAGGUGCGGAUGCUCUCCGAGCCAGCCAAGUCCUGCCGACAAAGAAAGUUGGAGGGGAAAAGAGGGGGUGCCAACAAGUCCUCCAACCAAGACACACCAAACUCCAAGGGUGAAAAGGCUCUUCAGGCAAAGCUGAAGCAGGAGAACAUUGCCCUCAGCACUUCAUUGCCAGGUCCCCAGCCUGCUCAAGGUCAGAUGGGAGCUGUAGGUGUGGGACAUCAGCCACAGACGCUUAAUGUUCAACUUCAACAGCAGCAGCAGCAACAUCAACAACAGCAGCAAAUCUCAAAUCCAACUUCUUCCCAUUCUGUGCAGCUCAGCUACCCUAGGAUCCCCAACCACAGUGAUCCAUUUCUAGGCUCUUCUCAACCAAAUGUGUUUUGCAAAUCACCAGCAGGUGUUGGCUCCUACCCCUCUCCUUUGCAUGUAACAAACCCUCAUAUGAAUGGGUCACAUCCUCCAAGUUCAUAUGCAGGUAGCUUCAACACCAGUAAUGUUUACUUGGGAUACCGGUGCAAUGGAAGCAUCCCCGUGGACACCUACAACCCUUUCUAUCCUCCAGAUCCAAAGCACCUCAGCAUAUUACAGCAACAAAGACCACCAUUCUACUCCCAGCAGCUUGCAGCCCCUCUGCAGUAUGGGGUCAAUUAUCCUCCUCGCUAUGGCAACCAUGGUGCCCAGAUGAAUAAUUUCCGUCCCUGUGACAUGACUGUUAACACUCAUCCAGUGGGUAAAUCUGACACUCAGUUUUUGGAGAGCAUGCCUCAGCCACCUUUGUCCCACCUGGGGGUGGAGUAUGGACCACUGAGCAAAAGCAGCCAGUUCAGUGGGUCCUCUAGUUCUUACCUUGCAGACGGCUGUAAAAUGUUGCCUCCGGGUCAGGACUCAUUUCGCAUGCAAAGCAUACCAGAGAUGAGUUUACACACUGUGAACAGAAUUGUACCAAUGCUCCCAUCUCUGGGCAGUCAAUGUAUAAACUUCACCCCACCAAGAUUUGGAUGUGCAAAUGGUGUCAUCCAAGAGAGCCCGGAGAAGCAGGAGACAGGGGGGCCCAGUCCUACAGUGGAGGAGGAGCUGUGGUCAGACAACGAGCACAACUUCCUGGACCCCGAGAUUGGUGGCGUGGCUGUGGCUCCCAGCCAUGGAUCCAUCCUAAUUGAAUGCGCCAAGCGGGAGCUGCACGCCACCACCCCUCUCAAGAAGCCCGACCGGAACCACCCAACUCGGAUCUCGCUGGUCUUCUACCAGCACAAAAAUCUCAAUGAGGCCAAGCAUGGGCUAGCUGCGUGGGAGGCCAAGAUGGCCGAGAAGGCCCGUGAGAAGGAGGAGGAUGCCGAGAAGCACGGCAGCGAUGGCACCCCCAGUAAGAGCAAGAAAGUGAAACGGGAAGCUUCGGAGACACCGCUGCACAUCGAACCACUGCACAAGCACUUCGUCCAAACCCCAACACAGGCCACAAUGUCCUGCACCACAAAUACGUAUGUCAGCACAGCUCCUUAUGCCUUCACCAAGACGACGGGACCCUACAACAGGUUUAUCUAGCUUUGGUUUUCAGGUCUGUAGCAACCAACACAGGAGUCAUCCUUCUAAGAGCUACUGUUGGUGAGACCUCAGGACAGCAGGUGUUCCAAAACACUCUGCUCGUCUAUCAUACAUUUGAGAUUCUAUGCAAAAGCUUGUAUAAACAAUAAAAUACUAUGGGGAAUUUGAACAUACUGCAGUCAGCCACACAAACCUUAGAUGUUUACGUUUUACUAACUCGUGCUACUCUAGGGCAAAAUUUAUUUAUUUUUUGUUACUGCAGCAAGACGCAUACUGUACUUAACUUGUGGUGCUCCUUGUCCUGUAAAACAGGGCGGUAAUUACUGGAAACAGCUUUUAAUUUUAUGCUUUUUCUUUUUUUAUAAAAUGCUUGUAUUUAUCUUAUAUCUAAACAAAAGUGAACGUGAAACAACAACUUUGUGCAUAACUUAAUUCAUGGUGCUAAAAGUGAGGACAGUGACAAUAUGAGGUUUCGAUUUAAUUGCCUUCAUAUUCUUGUGAUAUUUUUUGGUUGUUACUUUUGAAAGGUGGAGUAACAGUUAAUUUUGAUGGGUUUUUUCUACAUUUCAAAUGUAGAGGAUUUCCAUAUUAACAAAAAUGCUGGGUUUUCAAACAUACAGUGCUAAGGGUUUAUAUACCUUUUUAAUGGUAAUUUGAAGCAUUUUAAUAACUCGUUCAGAUUUGAAUAUUCAUCAUAUGCUCAUAUUUCAUGCAUCCAAAAUUUCAGAAGUCAGUCAUUUAAUAAAUGAUGGGUGGUGUUACCAGUAUAAUUUACACUCUUAAUUUCCCUUUGCUCUUAAAACGGGUUUUUAGACAAAUAUUUAUUGUGGUGCUUCUAAAAAAAAACAAAAGAAAAAAGAAAAAAACAACACAACUCUUUACAUUGAGCCAUUUUACAGGUCUGUGUCUAUGGAUGCUCACGCCCAGUGCGUUUUCUUCUGGUUCUCCCUGUACAGGGCUUAGUUCAUUGUUUGUGAUUAAACUGUACAAUGAUAAAUAAAUUUCAGAGCUGUUCCAUUAAAAAAGCCCUCUGGGGGAACAGUUUUCACAAAAAACAUGUUCAUGAACAUGUUUUAAUAAUGUACAGAAUCAUAUAUACAGUAUGUGACACUGUUAGCUGUAUGUUGUUUAAUGGUUUCAAAAGCAGCUGGCUUGCUGUGGGGUUUUUAAAAAAGUGUAAUCUAGUUGUAUAAUAAGAGAAUGAUAUUUGUACAGUAAAUUAAAAUGCAGACCUUUUAAAACCGAAUGCUUUAGAUUUCUGUACUGUAAAGUAACGUUUCUUUGGGUUUGAGUUGAUUUUAUUUCGAAUGGUGCUAUCAACCUGCUAUAACCAUGUAUAAUGUGAGACUUUAUGGGUGGUUAAGAGGCUUGUGAACGAUGUUCCUAUUUGUCAUAUACCUCAAAAGCUGUUUGGCAAUAUGAUUAUGAUUUACAUGCAAAAGCAAUUUCAGCAGUUUUAUAUAUCAUUUUCAACAGAAUCCUUAAGACAGUAAUGAGGCAAAAUGCAUAAUUUACCUUUUUAAAAAAAACUUGAUUUGUUAGAAAGUGUAACUUGAACUUCAAGUGUUUGUUUUAUAGCAAAAUCAGGGAUAGUUCAUUUUCUGCAAGGCUCACUUCUUUUGAUUAACAUUUCCUUUCAUUCAGGGAUUUAGCCUCAAGAACCUGAAUCCCCCUCAAUGCCUGUAUAUACUGUAUGAUGAAAUUAAUUUUACAAGAAGGAGAGAAAUUACCUUUAGUUGUGUCUUUGUGUGUGUAAUUUUUUUAAGUUUAAAGAAGUCAUUUGACCGUACGAUAUGCACUGAGUUGAGUAAAGGGAAAAGGUAUGGCAUUUUCUUUCUCUUGUUUUUUCUCUUCCAGAUAAAGACUACAAAAAUUAUAACAAUAAAUGCACAACACCUGGACCUGUAUUGUAAAAAAAUGCAUACAUAUACAUAUUCACAGAAACAGACCAUAUGGUGUAUAUAGUCUGUUUACACGUGCGCUCACACACACACACACACACACACACACACACACACACACACAC